AUCCAAAAGCUUUAUUUGCUAUCUGUCUAUUAAUUUGUUUCUUAGAAGAAAUUAUUUAUUCUCUGAAAAUGCCUUGCAUAGCUUUGGGACGUUUUGACGAUUCAUUCAGCUCAGGGUCUAUUAAGGCUUAUAUUGCUGAAUUUAUCUCUACGUUGCUUUUCGUCUUCGCCGGAGUUGGUUCCGCCAUUGCCUACAACAAGUUGACAGCAGAUGCUGCUCUUGAUCCGGCGGGACUAGUAGCAGUUGCAGUUUGCCAUGGAUUGGCUCUGUUCGUGGCGGUUGCUAUUGCCGCUAACAUCUCCGGUGGUCACGUUAACCCUGCGGUUACUUUUGGUUUAGCUCUUGGCGGUCAAAUCACCAUUAUUACCGGCUUGUUCUACUGGAUUGCUCAGGUUUUGGGCGCCAUUGCAGCUUCCUACCUCCUCAAAUUUGUCACUGGAGGACUAGCUGUUCCAAUUCACGGCGUGGCAGCAGGAGUGGGAGCAACUGAAGGAGUUGUAAUGGAAAUCAUUAUCACCUUUGCAUUAGUGUACACAGUGUUCGCAACAGCAGUUGACCCAAAGAAGGGAACAUUGGGCACCAUUGCACCCAUUGCCAUUGGUUUCAUUGUUGGUGCUAACAUCUUGGCUGCCGGUCCAUUCUCCGGUGGUUCAAUGAACCCGGCCCGCUCUUUUGGUCCAGCUGUGGCCAGUGGUAACUUCGCUGGAAACUGGAUUUACUGGGUUGGACCACUAGUUGGUGGUGGUUUGGCUGGUUUAACUUACAGCAAUGUGUUCAUGAACUACGACCACGCCCCUCUCGUUAGUGAAUUCUAAAAAAUUGUUUGAAUUUGAUUGUGUUGUGAACUCCGUUUGCCUUUUGUAAUAAAAAGGAAGACAAGCAAUACUAACAUAUUGCUGAUUCUUUCUUUUUUCAUAUUUACCUAUUUGUAUUGUUUUUCUUCUUCCUUUUAAGCCUUUGUAAAGAUCCAUCCAACUUUGAUGAAAUGUUCGAAAUGAUGCAUGAGAUUUGAUGAGAUUGCUUUCAUUCAUUGA